GCAGUUUUGCUUUUCUUUCUAAACAAGUAAGGGCAGAUGGCGUACGCGGUGCCCCGCCCCGUAGUGGAGGCCUUUCGGAAAUGUCCCGGCCCCGUGCUCUACUUGGCGGGCAGCUUCAACCCGCCCCACGCAGGCCACCUGGAAGCCCUGAAAAGCGCCGCCUGGCAACUGCGCCAGAGGGGUCACGUGGAGCCGCCCAUUCUGGUGGUCGCGCCCAAAAGCGACGAGAGGCUGAAGAAGAAGAUGGAAGGGUAUGGCGACACUUUCAUGUUUCCCUGGUCCGAGCGAGUGAAGCUGUUUCAGAAGCUCAUUCAACUCGAGCACUGCGGCGAAGUACAUUUCGACGAAGCCUGGCGGCAUUUCAGGGGCGAGGCCACACAGAUCCGCCGCGACACGGAUCGUGCCUUCGGGGCUUUGGGCUGCCAGAUUUUUCGAGUCAUGGGCGAGGAUCGAGUGCGAGACCAUGGCUUGGAAGAUGAUCCGUGGGUUUUGUCCACUCCACGCUCCAAGCUCUCCAGCACUGGCAUUCGAAAGCUCUUGGCCUUGGGAGAUGGAGAUGGGGAGAGCGCUGAUGAGUUGAAUGCGUUGGUUGGUCCAAAAGUGGCCAGGGUAUACAUGCAAUCCUUUGCCACCCUGUGACGUGGGGUUGCUAUGUGUAGCUUGUCGAAUUAUGUUGGUUUAGUCGGUUACUUGUGCUGUGGAGAAGGCAAAACACCUUUGGAGGGUUUGUGCA